UCCAAAGCUGUUGACAAAGAUGGCCAAACAAGUUCACCGGGGUUUCAACUUCGACCACAUCGGUGCUUUCAUUACACCUAUAGCUGUCAAUCUCUAACACCAAAGCACUGACAUAAUGGGUCGACUGGCGGAGAUGCAGAGGAAGCUCCUUGAGCAAAUGAUGGGCCCUGAGGCAAUGGGAGUUGCCAAUGCCAACCUCGUCUGGUCUGACGAUAAAGUUUGCCGGAACUUUCUGUGUGGGACAUGCCCGCAUGCACUUUUUACAAACACUAAAAUGGACCUUGGAGCAUGCCCAAAAUCACACACGGAGCGAUUGAAGACAGAGUUUCUGGCAGCCAGAGAGGCAAAUCCAAGUGACCCUAUAUUUUCUCGUUUCCAAAUGGAGUACGAGUCAAACAUAUUUGCCUUUGUGGAUGAGUGCGACAGAAGGAUUCGGGCUGCGCACCGAAGGUUAGAGAAGACACCAGAGGAGAAUGCAAAGACAACCAAUCUGAUGCGAGAAAUUGCUGAGAUCGAGUUGGCUAUUCAGGGUGGGACCGAGAAGAUCGAGACCCUUGGUGAACAAGGAAAGGUCGAUGAGUCAAUGAGGGAGAUGGCCGCCAUUGAAGCUUUGAAGAGCGAGAAAUCAGAAAAGGAGCGCGAGCUUCAACAACUCACAGAUACGUCCGGGGCCUCCGGCCAUCAGAAACUCCGGGUAUGUGACGUUUGUGGUGCAUAUCUUUCUGUGCUCGAUUCCGACCGGCGUCUUGCGGAUCAUUUUGGAGGCAAGAUGCAUUUGGGUUACCACGAGUUGCGAAACAUGUUAGGCAAGUUUCGGGAAGAGCGUGAAAAGCGUAAAAUGCCACCUCCGUCUUCUGCACCUCCCUCCGGCGCAACCGGGGGUGCAGGUAAGCCUGGCGGAGACCGAGGUGGUGGCGAACAUCGGCCAUCACGUGAUGAUCGUGAACGCGAACGAGGGUAUGAUAGACAUGCAUCGAGAUAUGAUGAUCGUCGAAGAGAUCGUGAUCGCUCUCGAUCGCCCAGCCGCAGACGAUAUUAAUUCAGCAAGGUGUUUGAUAGUGUAUUACGCUUGGAAAGGGUUUGCAACUGGGGAUAUGGAUUGCAUCGUGGGUCCAGUGAGGCGCCGAACUUUGAGACUGUAUUUACAUAUCAGUUGAAUACAAACGUGGUUUGAGCCGACGGUAAUACUCGGAAGAUCUGGCUGGCUUUGUUUCGUAAUUUUUUUUUUGAAUUUCGGACUAACCUGAAGUAGAGAUAACCCUUACAUUAUUUUUGUAUAAUUAUAAUGAAAUUGUGC